CAACCUCGUUUACUUGCCUACUUGCAAAUUUGUCCUCUUUCCAUCUCGCAACAAGAGGUGGCACCUGCCAUUACCACUUGUUCGUUGCCUUUCUGUUGAGGCCAGGCAAGUUUUUGUAAUUCACCCAAGAGACCCAUUUUCAAACAUCAGUUCUGGUCUCUAAACGUUCUUUUUCCUUUGAGAAUUCUUGUAUGAAACAUGGGUAAUGAAGGAGAAGGGAUUAAGGAGAAUGGAGAAGGGACUGCCAGCAACACUGUUGAUCCUCCACUUCAAAUGGAAGGUAUUGAAUUGAUCCCUGGCACGUCUGUUCUGAUGGCCCAAAAGAAAAAUAUUGAUCUCUGGCACACAACUUGAUUGAAUUAUAGAUUUUGAGGGUUUGCUUAACCAAGAGUACGCUGUUAAACACUAAUUCAAGGUAUCAAGAGACUCAAUUUGCAUAUCUGAAACUGUUAUAAAGACAUUCAAGGAAU